GGAUCUUAAGAUCAGUAGCACGCUUGUCACGCGCAAAUGGAAAAAUCACGGAUUUGCUCGAAUCUUUUAAGAAUUUCUCGGCGCACAAUGAUCGGACCUGCUUGAGACUUUCCAAAAUAGUUACACAUAUGUUAAAGAUGAUUUUGGACUAAACAGAGGUAGAAUAAAGGUUUUUUGAAAAAAUUGAAUCGGAGCCGAAUUGUAAAGUUAGCGACAAAAACAUGGCGUCACGCGUAACUCGCGUGGGCUUCACUAUUCACUGUUUUUCUGUUUUUGCCAGCGUAAGUUUCGUCUAUAGCCGUAAAACUUAACAGGUGAUGAAAAUGGUUCCCUUUUAAGCGAAGUGGCAAACAAAAUCCUGACAAUUGGGGCUAAAUCUUUGUUAAAAUCAACAAAAGUGUUCAACAUAUAAUGCAUCACGCUUAAAGCUUGGUAGAGACAGAUCAUUUUCAAUUCAUUGUGCGAGUCAUAAUUCCCGAGUGACAGAACAAUUUAACCUCAAAAUGUAAUGCUCAUAAGUUGCUUUUCGCUCUCCUUCCGUUUUUUGUGUUUUUAUUGAAGCGUUGUCGAGAUAUGAAUUUUUUUCUGCGUUCUAAACAGUUGGCAAGCGGUGUGAUCUGCCGCGCGAUAAUUCUGGUCAUUGAAUUUCCCAAUCGUCUUGUUUACGAAGAGUGCACUGGAGCGUGUAAAUGUUAACAUACGCAAAAUGCUCAAAUAACAAGCUAAAUUUUGCUACCAAAAUUGAUCGAAUCCGUUGAAAGCCGACGAAAAUAUUAGCAAUAAGUUUUGUUCGAAACAUUUGGUCGACAAGUUUGAUCCUGAGGAAGGUAAGUGAUCGAAUUUCGAGAAAAAACAAGCGCGACGCUCUAGUCAUUUUGACGGCUUCCUUCGCUUCCAAAUCGUCCCAAAGUCUACAGAAUCAAGCAUUGUUUUCGAUUUCCUUAUUAGGAAGUAAAAUAUUGCAUUUCGUCAGAAAUGAGCGGGAAACCCCCUGAGCACGUGCCGCAUGUUUCAAGGACGCAGUCAAGUACACGUAAGUACAAAAGGCUGUGUUGUUCGCAAGCACAAGGCUGUGAAAUUGAAUGCAAAGAUUAUGGAUUCUGGAGUUUCUAGGAUUCAAAUGUGGCGAGAACAAAAGAAGAAGGAAAGACAAGAGAAAAGAAGAGCACAUUAUGAGAAAAACCGAGAGAAAAUUAUUGAAAAGGUCGUGGAAGCCAGAAAGAAAAGUCGAGAAGCCAAGAGCGGACAACGGCGGAAUGUUCCUAUCAAAGAUGCCACAAAGAAACGUCGGCGCGAACGAAACCAGCAAAAGACAGGUUCAAAAAAUAAAGGGAAACUUGAGGAACAGAGAAAGAUGGCUAGAGAACGAAGUAAGCGAUACCGUCAAAAAAAGAAAGACCAAAAUGCACAGGUUCAAGCGGAAGCCACACCGAUCGACGUUACUGGUACGCCGUUCCCAAACAGGAUGGCCAAGAAACGUGCCAUUGGACGAACUAAGAAGAGUCUCCCAGAUACACCGGAGAAGAAAGCAGAAAUAAUGGCAGCUAUAUCAGAAAGUCCACGUACAAGGAAAGUACUCGAGAAACGCGGACUAAUGAAAACACCAGAAGAGGAGAAAGAAGUGAAUGCACUGAAAGCGCUUGCUAGCGAUCUCACCCAAGGCCUUAAAGCCGUCAAAAAUGACAAGUCAAACAAAGGAAGAGCUGCACUUGUCGCGGCAAAAUCACUUUCUUUUGGUCAAAAUGUUAAAAAGAGUAGAAGCCAGAAGACACUUUCAAAGCUCAUAGCCUUGGAUAGAAGAAGCAUCAAGUCGGGAAUUGAAAAACGCGAAAUGAUCUUAAAAGGUGAAGAGUCAAGCUGGCUUGCAACCAAACGAAAAACCAGGCGGGAUGCAGUCACUGAAGAAACCAAAGAGCUUGUUUAUGAUUAUUGGAAAAUGGUAGCAAGUAGACCGACAGGAAACAAGAAAGACUUGAUUAGAAAACGCGUUGGAGUGAAAACGUGGGUUGAACAUCCGAAACACGUGCUUGAAAAAACCCAAACGGAAGCCUACGUAGAGUUUGCGUCAAUGCAUCCAGAGAUAAAGAUAUCUCAGCGAAAAUUUGAAAACCUGAAGCCUUAUUUUGUUAGGGGGGCAAGGGAACGAGAUAGGCAGACUUGCAUGUGUCGUCAGCACGUUGAACUUCAAAUUGUCUUCAAAGACUGCAUGAAGUUUAGGAAGAGAGUGAUUGAUGAAAGCAGGGAAGCUAAUCAAGCAGCUACAGAAGUGUAUAACUCAGUUGGAAAUAUUAUUGCGCAAACACUUUGUCCCAAACCCGAAGAUCAAGACUAUCAUAAAUUGAAAUGCUUGAAAAGGGAGUGCAAAGACUGUGGAGUUCACAACUUGGUUUUGUUGCCAGAGGAGAAAGGUGUUGGCAAUCACGAAGUGAAAUGGAAGCGUUAUGACUAUGUGUCGACUGGAAAACUUACCACUGAUGGAAAAGACAUGAAGAAAAUAGCCCUUGUCGAGAAGUGCACAGGACCAAAGGAACUGUUUGAUUAUUUUAUUCAGCUGUUAGGACAGUUUCCUUACCAUUCCUUUCUUGCUAAAUGGCAGAGGGAGCAGCUAGAUUCUCUUCUUGAAAACCUUCCUCUUGAUCAAGCUGUGUGCAUCCACGACUAUUCCGAGGGUUAUGCCUGUCGGUUUCAAGAUGAAAUCCAGUCCCAAUACUUUGACGUAAACAAAGUAAGUCUUCAUGUCACAAUUCUUUACAGGCAUUCAAGUGCUGAGGUGGAUGGCAUCCAGAGCACAGAAGAGGAACCAGCAAUUUGUAAAGAGCAUUUGUUUGUGAUUUCCGAUGACGUCACCCAGGAUCAUGACUCUGUCCUUCACAUCCAGAAGUUAAUUUCAAACCAUUUAGAAGAAUCAAACUGCACUAUCAAGAAAAUGCAUGAAUUCACAGAUGGAUGUGCAGGACAGUACAAGAGCCGACACUGCUAUGGUGACCUGUCAUGUUCCCUGGCAACUCUUGGAUAUACAGUCCAGCGAAACUACUUUGCCACCUCCCAUGCAAAGGGAGAACAAGAUGCAGCUGGCUCCCAUGUCAAACAGAAGGCAACCUCAGCAGUUCUCUCCAGGAAAGCCACACUAUCAAAUGCAAAAGAUCUUUGUAACUUUCUGAAAGAGAACUUCUCUGAACCAGCUGCUUCCUCAUUUCCUGCUAGGCAGAAGUCAGUGCAGUUAAAGCGGCGCAUCUUUUUCUAUUUGCCAUCUACUGGGGAGCUGAGUGUUGCACGUAACAGGGACGGUGGAAGAUUCUGCACUGUCAAAGGCAUCCGCCAACUACACUCUGUAAGAACUUGCAGUGAACAGCUAAAAGUCUACACAAGAGAAAGGUCUUGUUACUGCCAUGGUUGCAUUGUUGAGGAUUUUGACAGCUGUGAAAAUAAGGAAUGGGUGGGCAACUGGAAGGAGAUUGUUCUGUCAAGAGAGCCCUCAGGUGUCAUGACCAGGACAACUGAAGAUGCAAGCACCAUUGAACAUUCAGUUCAAGUUGCCGACCUGGCAACGAAAGAAAGCACUGUGGCUGUGGCAGCUGAAGAUGAUAGCCACUAUGAUUACUACCUCCUUAAAGUUACUAGCAAUGGAGUCAUUUCCCUUCAAGAAAACUUUGAGGAUCCUUAUAGUGGAAGCAUUUAUUCCAAAGGAGAAGCUGUUCUUCUUGGAAAUUUCUUUUUAAGGGAGAACAUUAUUGAUCGCACAUACAAACUAGAUGAUAAGGUGGCAGGAGUAUUCCCAGGAACUGUGCGGUACAUUUGUGGACCACUUGUGUCAAAGCGAAGGAGAGCAAGACCAAUUUAUCAAGUUCCGUUGGAUGAACAUGAACAAAUUCUGGCAUCCCUUUAACUGUUUUUGCUCUUAGUAGCUUCAAAUUUACAUUUUUUGCCGAAACUUUCCUUAAAAUAUGGUAUUUAUGCAUUUUUUUAAAAAAAGGGCGUGGUCGCAUUGCAUCAUGGGUAAUAGAAAAUUAGCUUGAAAGGCGUCCGAAUUGAUCAAGAUGACCUAAUUUCAAGAUAGGAACUAAUUUCCUUCCCUUUCUGACUUAUUUCUAACAAAAAUAGAUUCAUUAAAAUAUUUUUCAAUUUUACCCCAAUGUUACGCCUUUGUACAUCAGAACUGUGCUACUGAUCUAAACUAAAAAGCCAUGCCUGUGGUACACGACUCCUACAUUUCCCAUCCCGUUGGCCGAGAUUAGAAGAGAUUUUGGCAACGGCGCUUGCGAUGUGCAGAAGGAGGCUAGGUCUGGACACCCUCGAUCAGUGCAAUGAGCUCCUUUUCGAGAUGGUGCAAUUUGCCUGCGCUUUUAAGUUUAAAAAGCACCCUCGGUUCAACUUAAGCGCAGGAUUUCUUCUUAAUGCCCAGGAAGAACACCUCAAUGCCAUCAGAACCUGGUGGCAGUCCCUGGGCGAUAUUAACACCAUCAGCCAGUUGGAUUGCUUGCUGGAGGGCAUCGCGGCUGCCAGGGAUGGCGACGUGGAGAUGUGCGCCUUUCUGGGUGUGGAUAAAAUUGAGCCUCCCUUAGUGAAGAGUUGGAAAAAUGUGCCGCUGGAGACCACGCUGCUCUCAUACCAUUGCAAGGGCAGCAACUCUUUCAGUUGCAGCCUCAAAAGUUGGCAACUAACAUGUUGCAAAAAAUAUUAAUAUGCUCUCGCAGCAUGCUGUACCUGAAGUGGUUCGGUACUGAGUCAUUUAACAUGAAGACUUUAGCUAACCCUUUGGUGCAGACGAGGUGUGUGAGAGCAUCUGUCACCUGGUGAAGGAGGUGCAGGACAUGCUAGAGGAGACAGUGGUUCCAAUCAGGCAGUGGAGUGCCCGUAGGCACUCAAGAAUUACCAAUGCCAUCAUGGAGGAAGAGGAUGACCCCAGCUAUCUGCCAGUAGAGGACUCAUCACACAGUGAGGAACCAGGGGAGGAGACUAAAACAACAUCGAAGAGGGCUCCCAUCAUGGAGAUAGAUAUCCAAAAGAGGCAGCGGCGGGACUCAGUGGAGGAAACUUUUUUACCAUCCAAGAGGUCUCGUGUGGUGCCCUGGAGAAACCUCUCCCAACAUUGCACACUAGCAAUGCCAGCAUCAUGCCAAAUGCAUUUGCCCAGUGUGCCAGAAGGAAGAUGGAACCCUCCGAAGCCAUGCCAGGACAGGUACCAUCCAGGUGGAGGAUGUGGAACUGCUCUUAAGCGUGGCCAUCCAUGCCAAGGAGCAGUGGGGACCUGGCCAGGUUUCCAAGUAGAGGCCUCCUACUAAAGUGGUGUCCUCAGGAGGGUUGCCAAAAGGUGACCCACUACCUGAGGAGCCAGUUGACGCAUUAUCAUUGGAUGAAGCCCGGUCAGCUCCUUAAGACCAGCCUUAGAGUUGCCCGCACCAACCAGGGCAUUAAGGAGGUGCAGAACAUCAUCUUAACAAGUACAACAACAACAACAACAUCUUCCACCACCCAUACCAACUGCGAUGCCUUGGCCAGUGUACGAGGAACAGCUUCUGACCCUGCCACUAUCAGGAAUGUGAGUGCUUCUGAGCCUCAUGCCAGUCGUUGUCUCAAGCAAGAGAGCCUCAGUGGUGGAGAAGACUCAGAUGAGGAUUACCUUCCAGAAGAGGACUUUUCCGCUUACUUCGAGUGCACCAAGCCAUCCAACGACUAGGCAGAGAUGGUUGGCUAGCUUCUAUCGCUACCUUGGUACCCCCCAUUGUGGUAGGAAGCAGAACAGACACUGUCGACAACACGCCAGGCCCAGUGAGGAAGCUUCCUGGAGGACCUCAACCCUGCAGGCUCCAAGAUAGACAUCCUAUCAAAUGACGAGGGUUACAUAGUUUGGAUGGAUUGGGCUGAUCCCAUGAUCGAAAAAAACUCUCGGAUGGGACUAUCAGGUCGUAUCUGGGAUCGUUUGAGAUGUUUCUAACUACGUAACCCUGGAGCGUGUAGGACCAGGACAGGUUCCCAGCUUCCAGAGAGACGUGCUGCUGGUGAUGAGGGACACAUUAAAAAAGUUGAAGGGAUGGAGGAAGACCGUGGACCUGGAGAAGCGGCCAGCCAAGAACAAGAAAGAGCUGGAAGACUGCAAUUCCAGGCUAAGAACGCACGACAUGGAAGCCUUCCAGUCCUCUUCAGUCCUCGCUAAUGCCAACCGCUUGUUGGAGCGUGCAAGUCACAGCACACUAACCAUCACGGAGCUGUGUCUCGCGUGCGAUUUUAUCAACAUGGAGCUGACCCUUCAGACUGGAACACGUUUUGCCACUCUUGCAAUUAACUCCCACGGUCAGCUAACCUAAGCAUGUCUGAUUUUUGCAUUUAAUGCAUGGGCUCUUUGCUAAAAGUAGAAGAAAAGUAGCAGCAGCAGUAGAGAUAGAAGAGACCCAAAACCUUGUAGUAGGGAAGAAUAAAAAGAGAGUAGAGUCCAGAGUCUCAGUACUUCUCGUUAAAAGCCAAGCGAGUGGUAAAGACCCCUAGCACUUUCAUCAGGUCUCUCGCUGGCAUCUAAAAUAGAAGUCCUUGACCUGCACCACAGCCUGGUGCCUCAAGGCAUCUUCAGAGAGAAAUUUUAAAUCUUUUUUGAAGUAUAUACCACAGAAACAAAUUAUGAUACUCAGUGGCUUAUAAUUUAGCAGGCUUCAAGCUGCAAAAUAACCCACAUUAGCACUCUGGGAAGGAGAAAGGUAAGGUUGGGAGGGAGGGGGGUAAGUGGAGUAAGUGGUCAAGCGUAUUCCCUUAAACAAAACACCUACCUAUCAGUUUUGAUUAUAAUUCAUUGUUAUCUUUUUUAUAAUUAUGUAAACAAGUUAACGCUAUCAUGCAUAAUCCAUCGCCUUUUUGACAGUUUAAAUUUUCCGAAGAGCUAAAGUUCUGUAUCUCAUAAAUAUUCUUUGAUCACAUAAGCAGUUCAUUUGAAUGAUCAGUUUAACAACCAAAUCACCAAGAGUAUCGAUGGAAAUGAUGUUAGGAUAUUUGGCACCAAAAACUUUCAAAAAACUUCACUAUGUGACUGUUUUUUUGGAUCCUGAUCAGUGUCAUCUUUCUCGCCAUAUUCGCAGACACAGAAAACAGCGAGUCCAGGUGUGAUUUCAACUGUGUCGGAGCGAAGAGUGAAAACAUCGACCUCGUCCGGGAAAAAUUUUAUGAUGAAUACGGGAAGCAAUACAAUAGAUUCGGUCUUCCCAUCUAUGACUUCGUAAUCAUUAACUUCAUCCUUUCUGCACUUUAAAGUGUCAUAUACUCCCUAACAAUGAGACCUAAAGUCGAUGAACUGUCGCCAAGCAUUCAUAACGGUGAUCCAGAGAGAAAGCCACUUGUCAACUGGAUACAAGCUCUUUAUCGCCUACUGCUGUCAACUAUCCGCAAGAUUUGUUUUAGGAAUUCUUUUUAUUCUCUUACAAACUCAGUUGCAUUAUCCUUUGAAGUUUGCCUCUAAACAGUCCCUUUAUUUGCAGAAGUCAACUUCAACUGACGUAUAAAGGAUAAAUGUUUAGGCAGGAGCAUGUGGGCAAGUGUAAUACCAAGGCACUUAUUGUGCUAUACCUGUUAAGCAACUACAUGCUAACUCCCGCCUGAGAGAAAUGUCACUUCCACAAAGGAAAACUAUGUCGAUCUCCUUUGAUGUGGCAAAGGCUUUAGACUACCACAAAUAAACUACCUGUAAAGGUUUGUCCAAUGUAGAUUUUGUGCUUCUAUUUUGGUUUUGUGCAUUUCUUAAAACAAUCAUAGAUACUCAGAACACCAUAAAUUUUAGGUCAGUUGUAUCUUCUCGUUAAGGUUGAUGUGUACAGUUUUGGUGUCCUCCUUAGCGAGAUGGGUAUUCGUCAACUGCCAAAUCCUGGCUAGCAUAACUAAAAAUUGCCAUGUGGACGGAUCACAUAUUUUGGGGUCUCAUGAGAUGUCUCCAGCAAGAUCCAGAGGCAAAGCUAAAAAUUAUGAUCUAGAACAACUUUUUAAAACAGGUUCUCAUUGGAUCAGUAUGAACUUUUGGCCGUCUCAUAGCAGAGCAUCUUCCUAAAAAUUUUUUUUCGUUUAACAGAACACUAAAGGAAUACAUGACCUCAAAUAUUACUGUAACUGAAGAAAGAAGUUUUUUCAUCAAAUUAUGAGCUUGAAAAAAGUGAACAUUCCAAGUCACAAUGAGGACUCGAGCACUCAGACCUUCUAAUUCCACGUUCUGAUGCUCUAGCAUUGAGCCACAAAGGCUCUAAGGUGAACCAGCUUGGCCAUCAUUAGGUUCAUAUAUGACAUGCAUCCCGCAUGCUGCUACGAUCAGCAAUGUCAAAAGCCUCCUGAGAGUCGAGGGUGUAAGUAAAGAACAAAACAUUUUGGGAAAGAAAUAGAGGCUGAGUUCUGAGCAAAUUAAAUGAAAUAUAUUUAACAAUUAUUCCACGA